AUGUUUCUAAAUGGAUCCCGAGCGCGGCUCUUGUUGUGUUUACUGGCUUUGUCAACGUGCACCACUGCGACUGCGAUAGCCAAUUCGUCCAGCGCGGGAUCCAGCAGCUACAACAAGACCAUCGUCUGGACCCCAUGCGGGUUGAAUUCGACCGUCCCUCUUCUCUGUGGUACUCUCGAUGUGCCGCUUGACUACUCGGCAACCGGUGGCAAUGUCUCCACUUUGACAUUGAAAUUGGCAAAAUUGCCCAGUUCCCAGCAGCCGUCGCGAGGGAGUAUCCUCGUUAAUCCGGGCGGACCUGGUUACGGAGGUCGCAACGCACUGAUAGGCCUGGGCCCUCUAAUUCAAAAUACUACUGGCGGCUUUUUUGACAUUGUAUCAUGGGAUCCCAGGGGAACCGGCGACACGAUCCCUGUGUCAUGCUUUUCUGACGCUGUGCAGCGAGCUAGACUCAGCGCGAUCUUGCCUUCGGCUGUUGAUCCGUCAGAUGUGUCGCUAGGACAAGGAUGGGCAGUGGCAGAAAUUAUCGCAUCCGCGUGCUCGAAGGCACUCGCGGAAACUGGAACUUUGCUCGGAACCGCAUUUGUUGCGCGCGAUAUGAGGCACAUCGUGGAUGCUCUGGGUGAGGAUGGCUUGCUACGGUAUUGGGGAUUUUCAUAUGGAACUGCUCUAGGCAUGACGUUCGCUGCCAUGUUCCCCGACAAGGUCGACCGAGUGAUAAUAGAUGGCGUGUUAAAUCCCCAUGAGUAUUACGCAGGCCGAGACGUCCAGCAGGCCACAGACUCAGAUGCGACUUACGCCGGUUUUAUUGCGAGCUGUCAGCUCUCUCCUGAGCGUUGUCCCCUCGUCUCGUACGCUCAGGGGAAGAGCCAGAGUCUUUUCGAAAUUAUCACGCAACUGCUGAAGGAUCUCAAGCGCAGUCCUUUAGCGUUCGGCCCGGACCCCACCACUCAGUAUGUCGAUUAUGGGACCCUCAAGGCCUUCAUGUAUGAAGCCCUCAAAACUCCGUCGCUUUUGCCAAUUAUCUCGUCUUUACUCCGGUCCAUCCUGGAGCGAGACGGACCAGCGGUCACGUCAUCGAUCCAAUUGCUCUCGACUACAAGCCCGCCGGUUUUUCCUGAGACGAUCCUUCCAGAACAAAUAUGGGCGAUCCGUUGCAGCGACAGUGCCUUCCGUGCGUCCAAUCUCACGGAUCUGCUACCGCUCGCCGACGAGUUCUUCGGGCGGAGUGAGUUCGCUGGAGAUGUCCUGGUCGCGGCACAGGUGCUGCCAUGCUCUCGGUGGCCGUUUCGAGCCAAGGAGAUCUACAAUGGCGGGUUUAAGAACAUUGCAACUCGACACCCUAUCAUGUUCAUCGGCAACACGUUCGAUCCGAUAACACCCCUAGUGUCGGCCCGAAAUGCCAGUGCCGCGUUUAACGGAAGCCAAGUUCUCGCUCAGAACGGUUACGGACAUUGUUCAGUCGCCCAAAGCUCCGCCUGUACCGACAGGCACGUGAAGCAAUACUUCCUGAAUGGCACACUUCCUGCGCCUGGUACUGUUUGCCAGACCGACACCGCGCUGUUUGCACCGCCGUAA